AGUGUUUAUAACUAAGAAAAAUGUGAAACAAUCAUAUCAAUGGGAGAGUAAAGAACUUAUAGCAAACAGUGUGUUGAAUACUAUACAGUGGUGACAAUGAAGCAUGAAUUACAUGGAAAAAAAUCUCAAAUUCAUAAUGUGGAGUGGAAAAAAGUAGAAGGGCAUGUUAAGCAUGAUAACUUUAUUAAAAAAAAACCCUUCAAAACAAUACUACCUAUUAUUUUAGAUAUCCAUAUGUGUAGUAAGUACGUUUAAAUAUACAAGGAAACUGAAAUACCGAACUAAGAGUAGUAGUUACUUUUGGGGAGAGGGAGGACUAGAAGUUAGGAUUGGGAAAGGAUGUGCAAGGGGCUGAAGGCUCCAGUUGUAUCCCUAAAGUUUUAUUUCUCAAACUUGAUGAGGGAGACGUAAAUUUACAUUACUCUUUUGGGGGGGAUUUUUGUAAGUUUCAUAAAUGUUUUUAGAUAACACUUCACUGAUAGAUGAGAAUGAUCACAUUUAACAGUCAUUAAACAUGCAAAUACUACUGCUAUUGUUUAGCAAGAAACCCCCAAGAUUGUCCUUGCUAGCCGAGGUGUACUCUGGGCUCUGGUCUCGGUAAGCAAUGGCAGAGCCCAGCCCAGAGUCUGGAGGUAUGGUGAAUCAGACAGGUUAGGGUGGGAGGUGAGACAGACCGUGUUGAUUACAGUGGAAUUGACUCCAGGGCUGGAUUGGCCAGAAAGUUGUGACUAAAUUCCAGAUCCAUCCAGCUCCUUUGGGAAACCAGGGCUUGGAGGGCUCAGAUUUCCCCCAAAUCCACUCAGCUUGUCAUAGAUGGAGCUGAGCUGGGACCCCAGAUAGCCAGGCUGAGAGCUGUCCUGUCUGUACUACUUCAGUGUUCCCUUGCUGGUCUUCAAUAGGGUCCCCAAAGUUCUUCUUGUCCAGAGGUCUGCAGCAGCGAGUCCUGAUUGUCACCAGUGUGGUCCAUCAAGGGGUAGCCCCUCGCCAGAGUUUAAAAGUCAGUCCCCUCUGCAGUUGGACCUAAUGCUACACCUGGGGGGCAAUCUAAAAGAAAAAAAUACACAAUUUAGGCAACAGGGUUCCUAACUGCAUUAUUGCUAGUAGCAGUUAGUUGCCUGAUAGUUAAGAAAUGGUUAAGCAAAUAUGGUAGAAUAUCAUGUGCCCAUGAACAGAGGUGAGCAUUUGAAAUAGGCAGAUCCUAACAAUGUCCAGAAGGACAGGCUGCCUGGCAUGGCCCGAGGUGCUAGGGUUGCUCCAUGCCGUGUAAACACAUCCGUGUACAAUGGCAAGCACUAGGAGUAGCUUGAUGAGAGGUGACUUCAGCAUUUAUUGGAUUCUUUUAUUUUCUCCUAUAAAGUUGUUUACAUAUACAAUAAGAAAAUAGAUUAGGGAUGAAUUUAUAGCUUCAGAUACAAGAAGAAAAGAUUUUGCUCCCACAGAUGUGUGGAUGCAUAUUUACUAACUCCUCCCUGUCUCUACAAGAAAAGGGGGGAACGUAUCAGGAUGGCUAUCUUCAUGAUUUAGCUCCGGGCUUAGCACUAUGAACAGCCCCUGUGGCGCCUAGAGUCUGAUGGGACCUGGCUGUUCUUUCAUCCUCAGAAUUGGGGGGUGGGUGAGGGAUUGAGCUUGAAUCCCCAAAACCAGUGCAUAUUGGGCUUUUCUUCCAAAAGGGACUGCCAGCAUGCAUUGGGAGAAGGGGACACAGUCUUCCCUGACUGCUGCAGGAGGCACCUGCCACACAGGCACAGGCCUGGGGCCUCUCCCAGGCUCUCACCAGAGCACCCUGUCCUGUUUGCUUACUCGUUCAUUUAUUCAUGCUCCUCUGCUGAGCACUGUGUGCCAUGCUAUGGGCUAGGGACGCAAAAUGAGAAGAUUCUAUUCCUGGCUAAAGUCCUGUAUGAACUUCAUCUUGAAAAGUGUCUUCUGUCCCACGCCUUACCCGGUGGUUUCCAGGCUCUUCUUGCCUACCUUUUCCUCUUCUCCCUUCUCCCCAGCUCCAUUAUCUGUGGAUUAAUGUGAAGUUUAGACCAUGCCAACCUUUCUGGGACAGCACCUUUAUAGCCCCCUGUCCCAUGGCAGGGCCUGCGCCUGGUCCCUUCGGAGAACAAAGAGCAGAGGAUCUUGAGUGGGCUGCCUCUGAUCCCAGUACACCAGGGGUUGGCCACCAGACACUAGUGGUGACUUCAUUUCGCAGGGCUAACAGCCCCAGUGGCCUGUGACUAGACCCUGGUAUCAGCUGUGGCCCAGACAGGAAAGGCAAGAAUAGAUGAUGCUUUGGGACAAGCUGACAGAUAAAAUGCCACACGCACAAAAAACUAAAUUAGGGCCCACUCUGCUGAGGCCUGGAAGUUCUGUUGCAGGAAGAGGGAAGGGAGGCUCUUGGGGAUCCUCUGCCGACACUAGGCGGCUGCCUGUCUCUGGGCUGCACUUCUUCUAUCUGUGAAAUGAGGGUGUUGGGAUUGGGUGCCCUUUGUAAGGUCCCCGGUAUAGCUCAUUUCUUGCAGAGAAUUUGGAAUGCCUUCACCUCCUCACAGCAUCCUCCUUUAGAUACCUGACCUGUGGCAUGGGUGUUAUUAUCUCCCACCCCCCAGAUGGGGAAACAGAGGCACAGAGAAGUAACUUCCCAAGGUCACACAGUGGGUCUGUAGAGGACCUAGGAUGGAGGCCCAGUUCUGUCUGACCCCAAAGUCUAUUCCUUUUAUUUACUUUUAUACUCACUCUGGUACCCUGGAUUCUCUGGCCUGGAAGGUACUGAUGAAAUCUCAUCUUGCAGAAGCCCCUCAUUUGUCAAAGAUGAUGAAGAAAGCCCAGAGAGGUGAAGCAAGUAAUAUCUGGACCCUCUCACCCCUAGGCCAGGACUUUUAUUCAGAGACUUUUUCCCUUUAAGUGGUAAAUUUAUUCUUAAAUAGGUAAUUCGUGCACAUGGUGCUAAAUUCUGAGGAUGCAAAAGGAACUAUAGAGAAAAGCAACCAUCCUUCUCCCAUUCCUGAGCUUGUAAUCAUAGGUCCUAGGGCUUCUCUGCAGACAGAGCCCAGCCAGGGAUUUUUGUAAAUCCCAUGUGCAUUUCAGGGCUUGGUUUGUUCUAUUAUAUCUAGGAAUGCGGGGCUGAGAUGCUUGCCUGCAAAACAGCAAAAACCUCUGACUUUAUUAUUUUUACUCAAAGUAACCAGGGUCUUCGCUCUCUGGUGUGCCUUAAGCCAGCAAAGGUGAUUGCCCAUCCCUGGGCUUUUGGUCUGGAAGAGACCAUUGGCAUCAUUAUUCAGUCCCCUUGCUUUUCAGGUAAGGCGCUAAUGAAGACAACAUUCCUAGUGACACACAGGAAGUUACUGUGGUGUUGGGGUUUCAGUGUCAGGAGUCUCCUCUCCUCCUCUGGCAUUUCUGCUACUAUGCCAGGCUGGCUCCUUUCAGUAGACAUAACAUCAUUGAAAAAUAUCACAGGUGCCCCUGUGGAGAGCAGAGCAGAUAGCCAUCAAAAUUACAAAAGCUUCUGCUCUUUGGCCCAACAUUUCCACUUCAAGGCAAGUGUAUCUCCUAUAGAUACACUCAUACUAGGGUAAAAUGAUCUCUGUACCAACUUACUCAUUGCAGCACUGAUUGUAAUAGGGAAAUAUUGGAAGCAACUCAGAUGCCUGUGGAUGGGAGGUGAGCUACAUGCAUUAGGGACCAUCCACGCAGACUCUGUGCAGCUGUGAAAAGACUGGGUCACCUCUCCAUGUGCAAUAGGAACAGCUCCAUCUUGCCAGGCAUGGUAGCUCACACCUCUAAUCCUAGUACUUUGGGAGAUGAAGGUGGGAAGAUCCCUUGAGCCUAGGAGUUCGAGACCACACAGCAGUCUGGACAACACAGUGAUAUGCUUUCAUUUGUGUAAAUAAAAGUAAUACAUUAUUUGCUUCUCAGUGCAUACAACAUCUUUGGAAAGAGCUAAAAGAAACUGGUAGUAGGAUGCAUCAAGGUGACGGGGGGGACCUUCUUCAAUUUUGAACCAUCUGGAUGCAUUAUGUAUUCAAAAUGUAAAACAAAAAACUCACAAGCGUCUCUUACUUUUCCAACUUGAAGAAAAGAGAACAAGAAGAAAACCAUCAAGUCAGUAAAGAUUAGCCUCUGUUCCUAGACUUGAUCUUGAUGGUAACCAGAAUGUCAGGCCACAUGUGGUGGAGGUCAUGGAGUCCUGGCUUUUGAUGACCCAUUGUCAGGCUCAUAUAACAGACAAGGAGGUGCCAUUCUCUAUUUUCUGUCCCUUUUACAACAGCUCAUCUUGGCUCCUGAUUUCCUAGGUCUGAUAUGGAAGGUUCCGGGAUUUUAUUAUUUCUAAUCAACAUCCCCUUCCCAAACCCUGCCCCUUGGCAGCCACAGCAGGGUCACAUCUAGACCAGGAUCACAUAAAAAGGGCUGUUCUCUCCCCCUGAGGACCAACCCUGUGGAAGCACCAGGCAUCAGCGACAGAGUCUUCCCCGGCAUUGCAGGAGAGAAGCUGAAGGGACAAUGGACGCAUCAAAAGAGCUGCAGGUUCUCCAUGUUGACUUCUUGAAGCAGGAGAACGCCAUUUCUCACCACACGAGGGAGUUCCAAACGAGCAGUCCUGUGUUCCGGCGAGGGCAGGUGUUUCACCUGCGGCUGGCGCUGAACCAGCCUCUGCAAUCCUACCACGAACUGAAACUGCAAUUCGGCACAGGGCUGAAUCCUAGUAUUGCCAGACACACCCUGGUGGAGCUCAACCCGAGGACACCCUCAGACCACCACAAUUGGCAGGCAUCCCUUCACGAGGAGUCUGGCAAAGAGGUGAGCACCCACCGGGCUGGCGGAUUCCUCCUAAUGGAAGCAGCCCCUAUCUGCUUUGCCACCUGUCAGUCGGUAAUGUGGUUUAAAGCCAUCCAUGGCAGAGCAUGACAGAGGGGGUCAUGUCUCCAAACGUCUGUUUCCCCCCUCCGCCUCCUCCAAGCACAGAGUACCUCUGACUGUGGCCAAACCCCUACCUGUCACCCUUCUCCUUUUCAUUUCAAAGGGAACCAUGUUCACUGGAGGACAAAAGCGGAGAGAAGUACAUAAAAAUAACCCGUGGUUCGACCAAUUAAGUUACCCAUCCUUCCUGCCAGGCUUUUCUAUGUCAUGGUCAAAUACAAAGUGGGGGUAGUCCACCUCAAGCUUCGCUCGCUUGACAAGGCCUAAUGAACGCUUUCCACAAUGGCUCCUGCCCACAACUGUGGGCUUAUGGUGGCUGGUUUUCCACCCUUUUGGGGAGCGCCGGGUGUUCACAGUUGUCUCCAGUCUUCAUCUCUCAGCCAGAUCUUCGGACUAGCUUGUGGAUAUUUCCUUAGGCUAAAUCCCUAGAAGUUUAAUGCUAGGCUAAUGCCAUGAUUUUAAAAUGGCAAUUACAUUGGGUUUUUGUAGAAGCAGAAUCUGCUGGUGGAAAUGAGAUGAAUGGGCCAGCUACUGCUGGAAUCCCCCCUAGUGCCUCGGGCUCUUCCUUCCUCUCCCUCCCAUCCAGAUCCCAGACUCCCAACCGUAAUUUUGCAUUUGAGUGUUUUUUAGGGUAUCAAGAAAAUCUCUUCCGAGGUGGGCAUGGGGUGUGGGCAGGAGCUGCAUUUCUUUACUCAAAAAGUGUUAUUUUAAAAGUUUUUUAAAUUGACAUGUAACACACUUAAAGGACAGAAAUCUUAACGGUUUGUGCAAUGAAUUUUUGCAUAUGAAUAGAGCCGUGGGACCACCACCCAGAUGGUGGAGGACAUUUCCUGCACCCUGGAAGGCCGGUUCUUCUGGGCUCCAUUGUAAUGAACACUGAGGGCACAACCUCCUCCCCCGUGCCACGAGAAGGGUAUCGGGAGUUAGCCUUGUGGAUUCUGGAGUCGUAGCACAGUGAGGUUCAUCCCAGUUCUACUUCUUGGGCCACCUCUGUGAACCUGUUUCCCCACCAGCAAAAUGAUGACAGUGAAAUGUUUAUAUAUAUUAGCUUGUUUAGUUUUCACAAUGCACCCACAAAGAAGGGGAUCUGUUAUUCCAAAUUCUUAAAGAAGGGAACUGAGGCACAAGAGAGGUUAAGUAACCAGCCAAGUUAAUAUAGCCAGUAAGAGGUAGAGCUGGCUAGCCUGAGCAACACAGGGAUACCCCAUCUCUACU